AUCAAAGACUGAUAAACAGACAGGAACAGCGCGAUUUGACCGUGACCGUUAGUCUUGGGAAUUAUGCCACAAAAAAUCGUAGCAUACAAGGAAUAUGGAACAGAAUAAUCAAUCUAUCUGAUCAUCUCAAAAUUUCCACCGCUUAAUUUCCAAGACAAAACCUUAACCAACAAAACCCAAACAUUCUUUUUCUUUUCUUCGGCUUCACUUCUGUUCCUCGAAAUGGGCAAGAUCAUUGAUCAUCCCCUGCAACGCAUCUUCCUUGUACAUAGACACAACACGCAGUAACAUGUCAAAGACGCCAGAAUCGUUAAACAAUGCCCAAAAUAACACGAAAUCUAGCUUGGGUCCUGCCAAGCCAAUAACUACUCUGCCUGACCUAUUCCUAACUGCAGUUUCCCUGCUUUUUCUCUCUUCCCCUAAACCCAACCAUACCCUCUUCCGCAAAUUCCUUCCUUUCCCCCCAAACGCACGCCGGUUUCCCAAAAUGACCACCACAUCCCAAUCCAGGGCAUCCUUUGCAACCCCACAGGCUCUCUCUGAUUGGCUCAAACCCCGGUUGUCUUCUGACUCGCUGGAGUCCUGGGGGGUCAAACCUGGAACCAAAAACCUCCACAACCUCUGGCUGGAACUUUCCGAAGGUGAGACAUCGCUUGUCGACUCCUCCCCUCCACUCCGUACCGUUAAUGUCGUUACGGUUCGUAUACUCGGUAAAGGUAACCUUGUCCUCGUCGAAUCUCGACAAGAAUUGUCGGACGGUAGUUUUAGGGAUCGGUUUAGGCCGUUGUCCGAGAAAAUGAAGCCCCAUGAAACUACCGAAGAAGCAGUGACUCGAGCAGUAAAAGAGGAGCUUGGUUCUUCCAGGGUCGUGAGGAUUGUGCCAGGGUCUUAUCGAAAGAAACUGGAGGAGCGCAAUUCGGUCUCGUAUCCAGGGUUGCCGGCGCGUUAUGUUUUACAUUCGGUAGAGGCGUGGGUAGAAGGUUUGCCUGAGGAAGAUUUUGUUACUGAAGAAAAGGAAGAGUACGAGGAUGCUGAUGGGACAAGGAGAUUGGAGAAAGCGGUGUCUGUAAGGAAGCAUUAUUGGAAAUGGGUUUGUUCUGAUUCUCUUUGCUCCUGAAUGGAUGCGAAAUUUUGGUUGAAUUACUUGGCAUCAAAUAGAAAGGUUAUAGAUUUCCAUUUUCUUGUUAUUUGAGGUUAAAGCUGAGAUGCUAAAUAAUUAAAAGUAGCUAUCUUCGUGUAGUAAAGAAGAAUAUUUGAACUCUAUAUGUAUAUACAAAUCUCUUCAAGUUUAGCUGAAGUUAAGAUUGUUGAACCACUUUCGUCUUUAAUUAGGAAUUGAUUUUGUAAUUGACAAGAAGCAAGUGGAAUUGGUGAACUUUUUCUUGUA